ACACUCACACAUCCCUGCACCCACAUCCCUGCACCCACAUCCCUGCACACACAUCCCUGCACACACACAUGCUUGCAAGCUCCUCCCUCCUCCGUCCCUUCCUCCUUUCCUUUAUAAGCAGUUCUCCCUCCAGAGACCCAGACUUCCUCUUUUGCUUCCACCUGCUCUUGUCAAUAUUUGUUUUCAAGAGCUGCUCUUUGCGCCACUCCAGCCUGACCUGAAUCCUAACACUCGCCUCCUAGGGUGGGGUUCUGAGUCUUAGCACCACUGACAUCUCUGGCUGGGUAUUCGCUGUCCCGGGCGGCCCUCCUGUGCAGUGUGGGGGUAUUUAGCAGCCUCCCUCACCUCCACCCAGCUGCAGGCCAGGAGCACCUCCUCCCUGCAUUUGUGACCAUGGGAAAUGUCUCCAGACAUUGCCAGUGUCCCCUGGGAAGCAAAACCACACCCUGUUCAAAACAGCUCCCCUCCAGCUCUUGUCAAAAGUGUGUAGGACAGAAAUUGGGAGGCUCAGAACAGGCCCUGAUGGGUGUUGGCAGGAGGGCUGGGAGGGUGCGUUUUGGAGUCUGUCCCCGCAGUGAGCAUCCCAUGUGCUUGUCGUCAGGGCCUUGCUCCCUCUCGUGGGAGCACUCCAGAGAGCUGCACCUGUGCUCCUGUCCUCGUGGGCUUGCUGUGGAACAGUCGUGGCCUCUGUGGCCCCUCAGGCCCGGGGGCGCCCCUUGAACCCUCCACUCUUGGCUCCAAGCACUGUCCCUGGGAAGCUGUGUCUGCCAGGUUCGCAGACAGGAACAGAAUCAUGGACGGAGCCAUGUGGCUCAGCCUUUGUCCUGAUAACAGACCCCUGCUUUGGAGGCAAAAGCACAGAUUGCUGCCAGCCCGGGGAAAAGGUGAUCUCACCCUGCAGAGGAGAGCGGAUGCAAAACUGUGGAAAAGCCACCAGCUCCAGCGCCUGGCUGAGGAGUUGAGGGCAGAGUGGCGAGAGUCGCGGUACCUGCAAGUCAGGGACCUGGACAGGCUGCAGUCAGCACGUCUGUUAGGCUGGGGAGGAGGACGGGCCACAGAAAAUAAGCCUGGCUCGGAGGGGCCCAUCCAGCGAAGAUCACCCAGGCCCCCGAGGGGCAAAGAGAAGCAGAAAACAGCCCUUAGCGACAAGAGGAGCUGCAGGGAAGAGCUGGGCCGGCAACAACCCAGGCACACCAGGCCCCGGAAGAUGCCAGCGAGCCCAGAGAAGCCGCAGACUACAAAAGCCACAGGUCAGAUGCAUUCUCACGUGACCCUGCCUGAGAAGAGAAAGGGAAGGAGAGAACCUUCGACCAAGUCUGGGGAUGGCCGCUGUGCCACCCACCCUUGGGGCAACAGAGAGGUGGAUUCAGAAAGGCAAAACCCACUUGUGGUGGGCGCAGGAGAGAUCAGGCGCGUGGAGGAAAAAGAGAAAGGAACGGCCCAGGCAGGGAGGAGGCGGCCGGGGAAAGGGGCAGUUUGCUUCGUUCCAAGCCUGACCAGCCGCUCUCGGGGGCAGAGUCUGGAGGGGAGGUCGGCUGCUUCCAGCCCCAGGAGGGAAGCCGUGUCCCCAGCAGCUCAGUGCACGCUCCAGAACAAGUGGCAGAAAGAGCUGGAGUUCGCCUUUGAAGAGUUGUUUCGUAUAAACAGAAAGCUGAAAAAACACCUGUGCUUGUACCUGGCCCUGAAGCCCAGGAUGGACCAGAGCCCUGGGGGACAGCAUGGCGUCUCAGAGAUGCAGGAAUGUGGCGGGAGGAUCCCGAGAGAGAAGAAAAUGGCAGACACAGAGAUGAUGCCCGCCGGGGAACGCAGGAGCCUGGCAGGGGAGGAGGAGCAGCAGGCGGUGUCCAGGACCCACUUGAAAACAUUAACGGGCAAGGUCCGGAACCAAAAAUGUCACCCCAUGGUCAAGCCCACAUUUAGAAAUGGAAGUCAGACGUUGUCUCCCAAGGCAGAACUAUGUGUCAACAAAGUGGACUCAUUAUUGUACAGCACUGAAUUUGGGCAGGAGACGCCCAAACUGGGCACGCUGGCAGAGGGCCCCUUUCAGCUCCACCUUCAAGACCAGGCACACAGAGUAGGCUUGACAGCAUCCAGGCAAAGGCAGAAAGCAGAGACGGAGCAGGGAAGGCAAAAACAGCUGGAAUCGCUUGAACGCACGGAACACCCAGACAGGAGCUUGGAAAUCCACAAGGCUGAGUUAGAAAAAGAGAGGAGGCAGCAAAGAGGAGCUGGACGGGCCCAUCUGAGGUCCCCCUCUACGACAGCCCAGGAAAGGGAGAGCCAGUCCAAGCUCAGCACCACUUCCCUGUCGGGCACCAGCCUCACCGACGACCAGCACAGUCAGAUGAUCCGAGACCGGCAGCAGCAGAUUUUAGAGCAAAGCAAGUUGCACAAGCAGUUUCUUGCAGAAGCCAGGAAGCGCUUGCAGGAGUUUCAGAACAUAUGUUAAACGCGAGAGUCCCACCCGGGGAAAAUACAUCACUGCUAAUGGAGAUGCCAGAACUGGUACCCGAGUCUCUAAGAUCUGUGUUUGCGUCAUCGCCUUCGAGACUAUUAAGCCUCUAUAAAAUGGGCAAUCUGGGGCUGGGCGCGGUGGCUCACACCUGUAAUCCCAGCACUUUGGGAGGCCGAGGA